UUUUUCUACUUAUUUGAAAUGAGGAUUUUAUAGGCCUCCAAAGUCAAAUAUUGUGGCAUAUCUCCAAAAUGCUGCAGUAAAAUGUACUCAUAUGAGGUAUGCAUACUCUAUGGGACAUCCCCUAUAGAACAAGGCCAUUGUUUUUUUCUACUUAUUUGAAAUGAGGUGUUUAUAGGCCUUUAAAGUCAAAUAAUGUGAAAUAUCUCCAAGAUACUGCAGUAAAAUGUACUCAUAUGAGGUAUGCACACUCUAUGGGACAUCUCCUAUAGAAACAGACCAUUAGUUUUUCUUCUACUUAUUUGAAAUUAGGUGUUUAUAGACCUGUGAAGUUGAAUAAUGUGGCAUUUCUCCAAAAUACUGCAGAAAAAGGAUAGAUAUGAGGUAUGCAUACUGUAUGGGAUGUCUCCUAUGAAAACUGACUAUUAGUUUUAUAUAUAUAUCUUAGAAAGAAAAAGCUAGAAAGAAAGAAAGAAAAUACAUUAGAAAAAAGAGAGAUACAUUAGAAAGAAAGAAAGAAAGAAAGAAAGAAAGAAAGAAAGAAAGAAAGAAAGAAAGAAAGAAACAUUAGAAAGAAAAAAGAAAGAGAUGGAUAUAUAAUCGAAAGACAGACAUAUAUUAAAAAGAAAGAAAGAAAGAAAGAAAGAGAAUAAUUAAAUAUUAGAUAGAAAAAAUAAAGAUGAUAGAUAGAUAGAUAGAUAGAUAGAUAGAUAGAUAGAUAGAUAGAUAGAUAGAUAGAUAGAUAGAUAGAUAGAUAGAUAGAUAGGGACAACUCAAGCGCUCUGAAAGCGCAUUCUCUCUCUGCUGUUCCUGAAAUUACCGUAUUUAUAGUAAUAGGCGCACACACUUUUUUUUUUUUUUUUGGCUUGACAGUGUAUUUUUAAACCGCGGCUGGCUUGACCGCAGUGCUAUAUUCCAAUAUUACGACGUGACAUGAUGGAAUGAUGGAACGAUUCACAUUUCCCAUGUGAUAAUAAAAUUAGGCCUAAGUAAAUAUUAAAUAUCCUAAAUGAGUAGGCCUAAAUACAAAAUGAAAGUGAAACAAGUAAAUUAAUUAUCAAAUUAAUACAAGAGGCGCUGGUGUAUAGUAGGCUAGGCUAUACACGCAGGUGGCUUGGAAGAUGUGGUUUUUUCAUAAUGCAACACGAACUGGAGGUAAGCAACAGUUUGUUAAAUUGCAGCUAGUUUGAUAUACAUAACUUAAAGAUCUCCCUCUUUUCGGGUUUUUUUCCUUCUUCUUCUUGCUGCAUUAAUGAAAUGGUUUAACUUCUGUUUUCGCUCAGGUACAGUGAGGCAAAAACACAGAGUUUAUAGGGCAAUCGGUUCAUAGCUCUGCUUCAACUGUGCGAUAUCCUCAGGAGGGGCGACCAAAAUUUCUGACAUGCCAGAAAUUCAUCCGACCAUCCGAUUGCCGAUCGGGAGAGGUUUAUCGCCUCUCGUUUCCCAGUGUACACUGCACGACAAACGAUGCACGACAUAGAUGAAAAUCGGCCCGACUCAAAAAAGAGUCACACGAGUCAGAAUUCGGCUUAAAAUCGGUUGAAAAUCGCAUAGUGUAUGCCCGCCUUUACGUCUGAUAAGUACGUUGCUGACACAAUAAAUUAAUAUCUUACCCCCAUGUUUUUUUUCUAGCUUUUCUUAUCUUUCCUUUGUUAUCUUUCUGAUGCAAAAACUUGAGAAAAUGAGAUCCUGGCAGUUGAUGACAAUGAAGAAAAAAUAUUUAUUCAUUGCAAUUAAAUUUAGCCUCACAUGAAAACUUCAAUCGAUAAUGAAAAUAUUUAAUAAAACCAAAAGGUAAAAUAAAGAUCAGAAAUCGAACAUCUAUGAUAAGAACAUUCUGAAAUCUGAGUGUAGUAAUUUGCAAGAAAAUCAUUAGAAGUGGUGCCAUCAUUAGAAGCAAGAUGCAAGUCAGGAUAGCAGGAAAGGGUGCCAAUUGAGAGAAUGAGCCAGGUUUUAUACCUUAAGAUUGGGAAAAACUUACAUGACACCCUUCCAGGUCUUGUUUGGAUAGAUAAGAAAAGGUCAAAAUGAACCUUUCCGUUGUUUUGGACGAUUUAAAGAAAUUUUGUUACAUUUCAUGAUUUUCUGCUAUCCAAACAGUCAUUGGGUAAUUUUAUGGUCUUGUGACGAUUGACAUUAUCAGAUGAAGUAAAAACACCCAAAAAUAGCCACCCAAAAGGGUGGGUUUACACCUUUGUCAGAACAAUAGAAUAACAAAAGCAACAUUUUUCAAAGAUCCCCUUUCAUUUGAAUACAGAGAUACAAAAUAUUAUUGUAGAAAAAGUACAAAGUGUGAUCAAUUCUGAGAACAUCUACGUUAUGGUAAAAUUUGACAGAAACCCAACUCAACCACAAAUGUACCAAGCCACAAAUGUACCAAAUGAAUCAACUUCAUCUCUGGUGCCCUCUGUCACCAGCUCCAGCUCAAAACUACUGCUACGCCGAAAGUUUUCCAGAUCCACUCGGUAACUGGAAAACCACUCCGUCAAGUUCACUAUUGUUGUAACCCUUACUGCUGCUGAUUUCUGUCUUCCAGUCAAUGCCCUCCUCGAUUCUGGGUCAGCUGGAAACUUCAUCUCUGGUGCCCUCUGUCGCCAGCUCCAGCUCAAAACUACUGCUAUGCCGAAAGUUUUCCAGAUCCACUCGGUAACUGGAAAACCACUCCGUCAUGUUCGUCACUGUGUUGGACCUCUUCACCUCCAAAUCGGUAUCCUCCACACGGAAGAGAUUCAUCUGCUGGUUCUGGAGGAAUCAACGGCUGAUGUGAUUCUAGGGCACCCCUGGCUUGAGCAGCAUGAUCCCAUCAUCUCCUGGAGGACAGGAGAGAUACUGAAGUGGGGUAACCAAUGCUUUCCUGACUGUUUCCCUGAGUUCCCGAUUCCAAGUCGUCCAAGUUCCAAAGAAAUUCAAUUCUCUACUUCUGAGUUUCCUGUGUCAAGUCUUCUAAGCUCUGAUAAAAUCCAAGUCUACGCUACUUCUGUGGAAAGUCCACUCAAGAAACGUUCUACGGACAUCCCUGCAUGUUACUGCCACUUCAGCGAUGUCUUCUGUCCAAAAGAAGCCUCCAAGCUGCCUCCCCAUCGGCCAUGGGACUGCACAAUCGACCUCAUCCUGGUGAGCCAGUGCCCAGAGGAAAAUUCUACUCCCUUUCCCUCCCGGAGGAGAAGGCCAUGGAGGAGUACAUAAACGAACCUCUGUCACAGGGCUACAUAUGCCCGUCUACUUCCCCUGCUGCUUCAAGCUUUUUCUUCGUGGUGAAGAAGGACGGAGGCUUGCAGCCCUGCAUUAACUACAGAGCUUUGAACAAGAUCACCAUUUAAUUCCGCUAUCCACUUCCUCUCAUCCCAUCAGUGCUGGAACAUCUACACGGUGCCACUGUGUUCACCAAGUUGGACCUCUGCAGCGCGUAUAACCUCAUCCGGAUACGUGAUGGGGACGAGUGGAAGACAGCCUUUGUGACCCCUACCGGCCACUAUGAGUACCUGGUAAUGCCAUGGACUUGUCAACACCCCCUCCGUAUUCCAGGACUUCAUGCAUGAGGUGCUCCGGGAGUUCCUGCAAAAAUCAGUCCUGGUCUACAUAGACGAUAUUUUGAUUUACUCCCGGAGCAUGGCCGACCAUCGCCACCACGUUUCGGAGGUCCUCCAAUGCCUGAGGGACUUUCAACUCUCCCUCAAAGCCGAGAAAUGCAGUUUCCAUCAGCCCUCAGUGCAGUUCUUAGGGUAUAACAUCAACCACAGUGGCGUCCGCAUGGACGAGAGGAAGGUAACUGCUGUCCAAGACUGGCCCGUUCCCACAUCCGUGAAAGAGUUACAAAGGUUCCUAGGUUUUGCAAAUUUCUACCGCAGAUUCAUCCAAGGUUACAGCUCCAUCACCAGCCCACUCACAAGCCUUCUCAGAAACAAGCCCAAGUCUCUGUCCUGGACUCCAGCGGUUACACAAGCCUUUAACACCCUGAAAACCACGUUUACAACCGCUCCCCUCCUGGCCCACCCAGAUCAGGAUCUCCCUUUCGUCGUCGACGCCUCAACCACAGGAGUGGGAGUGGUGUUAUCCCAGCAGCAGGGGAAACCGGCCGAUGCUCUGUCCCGUAUUCAUAGUCCUGAAGAAAGCACCGAUGAUCCAGAGCCCAUCAUCCCUGAGAAACUGUUUGUCAGCCCCAUUACCUGGUCCGCUGAGACGCUCCCCGAGCUGAAUGCCUCUGCCAACACCCAGGUUUGCAGUAUGUUCCACGGACACGGCGCACUCCACUAAUUCAUUCCGCGCACUCUUCACUGGGCACUGGCCACCCAGGGGUCAAUGAGACCCUCUCGCUGUUGAAACAGCGCUUCUGGUGGCCCAACGUGGCAUCUGACGUCACGAGGUACGUACGGGGUCGCCAGGAAUGUGCCGUCUCCAAGAGUCCACGCCAUCUUCCCUCUGGGAAACUCCAACCUCUGCCCAUUCCAAACCGCCCCUGGUCACACCUAGGAGUAGAUUUCAUAACGGAUCUCCCAGUCUCCAACGGUUGUACCUGUGUUCUGGUGGUAGUGGACCGAUUCUCCAAGUCUUGUCGAUUAAUUCCCUUACCUGGGCUACCAACGACAAUGGAGACCGCAGAACUCAUGUUUAACUAUGUAUUCCGAUACUAUGGACUGCCUGAGGAUAUAAUGCCUGACCGUGGAUCACAAUUCACCUCCAGAGUAUGGCGAUCCUUCUUCAAGCUACUAGGUGUGAUCAUCAGUCUCUCUUCUGGAUACCAUCCCCAGACGAACGGGCAGACGGAGAGGAAGAUUCAGGAGAUCGGCCGUUUCUUACGUACCUUCUGUCAUGGCCACCAGAACUCCUGGAACCAGUUUCUGGGUUGGGCAGAGUACGCCCAGAACUCUCUCCGUCAGUCCAUCACUGGUCUCACUCCCUUCCAAUGCGUACUCGGCUACCAACCCCCACUGUUCCCCUGGGAUGGGGAACCAUCGGACGUCCCUGCAGUGGAUUACUGGUUCCGGGAGAGCGAGAGGGUCUGGGACUCGGCUCAUCUGCAACUCCAGCGAGCUCUACGCAGGCGCAGGAUGACAGCUGACCUUCGGCGCUCCCAAGCACCCAACUUCCAGCAAGGCGAGAAGGUUUUGCUAUCGACCUGGGACAUCAGGAUGCGCCUGCCCUGUAGGAAGCCGAGUCCCAGAUUCAUUGGCCCCUUCACCAUCACACGGCAGAUAAACCCCGUGACCUAUCACCUGCAACUCCCUCCUGAGUAUAAAACCCACCCAGUCUUCCAUGUGUCACUACUAAAGCCUCACCAUCCCUCUGUUCUUCCCUCCACAGAGCCAUGCGAAGCCGAAGAACCCCCCCCUUCCACUGAUCGUGGAAGAUGGAGCGGCCUACAUCGUGAAAGACAUCUUGGCCUCCCGGUGGCGUGGUGGUCACCUGGAGUACCUAGUCGACUGGGAGGGAUACGGUCACGAAGAGCGGUCAUGGGUUCCCAGGAAUGAUAUUCUUGAUCCAUGUCUCCUCGAUGAUUUCCAUGCCAGACAUCCUAACCGACCAGCUCCACGUGGCAGGGGUCGACCACCAUGACGUCGGGGGGAGGUCUAUGAACAUGGCCGCUACCCUGCCAAGCCCCCUCACAAUUCAUGUGCUGAAUACAGCCCAAGGAGUUCCUGGAGCCAACAUGACCAUUAUCCUCUAUCGCCUAGACCCCAUCUCAUCGGUGUGGAA